AUGUCCCGGGUAUUUCUUUGGUCUCUCCUGGCCCUCCCUGUCUUCGGGGCCGGUUACAGCACCACUUCUGGAUUCAAACCACAGCUAGGCUGGAAUUCAUGGAAUACCUUCAAAGCCGAGAUCAAUCAGGAGCUUAUCGAAGAAACAGCACAGUCUCUCGCUAGCACCGGCCUGGCUAAAGCCGGCUAUGAGUACGUCGUCAUGGACGCAGGCUGGCAGUCCCAGAACCGAGAUCCCGAGGGACGCCAACAGGCCAAUGCUAGUCUCUUUCCCUCCGGUAUCGCGGCAGUGGCAGAUUACAUCCACAACCUCGGUUUGAAAGUCGGCAUCUACAGCGACGCAGGGAUCUUCGACUGCGACUUUCACCCGGGCUCAUGGGGCUACGAGGAACUUGACGCGGCUAUGUACGCAUCGUGGGGUAUCGACUACCUCAAAUACGACAACUGCGGCGGGUUCCAUGCCGGCACGGCGGCGCAAUAUGAUCGGUUCGCCACCAUGCGGAAUGCGCUUAAGUUGUCGGGGAGGGACAUCUUCUACUCGCUAUGUCAGUGGGGACACCAGUUCCCGUGGCUAUGGGCCGACCAGAUCAGUGACUCGUAUCGGAUGUCGGGGGAUAUCUACGCUAAUUUUACGACGGAUCGGUCGGGGGUUUGUAGUACGGCUUAUUGUUUGAAUACCGGGUAUGCGGGGGUGAGUGUGUUGACUAUGAUUCGGAAGAUGAGGGAGAUUUCGGGCUUUCAGAAGCCUGGGGCGUGGGCUGACAUGGACAUGCUUGAGAUUGGCACCAAUACUAUGAAUGUGCUGCAGGAACAGACGCAUAUGGCGUUCUGGGCCGCUCUCAAAUCGCCACUCAUCAUCGGCUGUGACGUAAGAAAUAUCUCGGACUCGUCUUCGGCGGUCCUGACCAACAAGGAUAUGCUUGCAAUAAACCAGGAUGAUUUGGGCAUCGCAGUUACCUAUGCCCCAGAGCUGUCAACUGAGGGAUCGGUCCAGGUCUGGGGAGGCCCGUUGAGCUAUGGGAAGAACAACUAUGUCAUUCUGGCGCUGAAUUACGGAAAGGAUGCCACGAGAAUCAAUAUUAAAGUGGCUGACUUGCCGGGCUUUACUGGCUGCAAGAUAGGGGCGACUUAUGCAAAGGAUGCAUGGGAAUCGAAGAGCUUGGGAGCAGUAAAUGGUACAAUUUGGCUGCCAGGGGUACUUGUACAUCAAACCAAAGUUAUAUUGUUAUCUUGUUAA